UGAUGUUUGACUUAACCGCCAAAUUCUUUGCGUCUGAUCAGACGUUGUCGCCAUCGACCUCAACAGCGAGCUCAUCUUGUUUUCAACUGUUUGCUUUCUUUGCUGUAAAAACCACCUCAUGCUUUCAUAACCUUGAAAUCGUGUUCGAUCACUGUCAUCUGGAAUUAUUCGAUAUCCAUCGAUACAUCCACAGAACAGCUCUGUUAAGGUGCCCCUCUCUGUAAAUUCCACAGCUCAUUAACCCACACAACCUGCAAGUUGCAGCAUGUUUGACGAUGACGAAGACUCUCUCUUUGGCUCGCCGCCUCCGUCUCCAGUUAGAGGUAGGUCACCGGCGUUUCCCGCUCAAGCAGCCCAAGAGAAGGGCACAGGCAUAACACAAAAUGUGGGGGCCAUUGCACUUCCUGGUUCCCAUAUGUCAUGUUCUGAACUACCAGCCGACCUACUAGCCUUGCCGUUCGGCGGCUUUAGCACUCGCGAGCCCCCUCCCUCGCAUGCACCGCCAGCGCAAAACGCCUUGCAAGCGCAUUUGACACAAUCGCCUCGUGUUGCCUCAUCGGGCCCUUCUUCAAUAUCGCGCCCCUCUUCGAGGGCUACGGGAAAACGGAAAUCAACGAAAUCGCAAUCAGCGACUCCCCGUCCUGCACCCCCACCUAUACCGUUCCCUGGCCCAGAUGAACCACUACCUUCUAAUUUCUUGCGAAGCCAGGAAGCGUUAUUGGGCAUCGCUGGCCUCGUCGGAAACGUGAAGCCCACCAGCCUUCCACAACAAACAAUCCGUGGAUCUACGCCUUCUAACCCUAUCAUUAUCGAGGAAUUGGAUCCAACACGCCUGUCUCAUUUCGAUUUUAGUCAGUUCACGCCAGUCAAUGGAGAAGAUGCCAUCACCUCCCUCAUCAGACAGCAAAGUAUCUUUCCCGUAUUAUCAAGCAUAGUAAAACUCCUAGGCAACUCUCCAGCUGCGUCUGCACAACCACCAUCUACCCAUGAUCGACCGUCUUCACACUCAUCCAGUGUGCCCGCAGCGACCGGUCCACCCCCACUGAAACGUCGCAAACUCACAAGCGUCCCUGCUGGUGCAGUGGAGUGGGACGUGCCCUACCCAUUUCCUGAAGGCGAGGGUCCUGAGGCAUAUCACGCUACAUGGGAGCGGGAGCGUGCCAGGCAUCUGAUUACGCAGCUUGUGGAGUCGAUCAAGGCUGCUUCCGAUCCAUCUCCGAUUGAUGUCGAUCACAUUCCAUCAUCAUCUUCGCAGUCACCCACGCACGCGUCUGAACCCUCAAGGUUCACGUUGUCACCAUCUCCUGUAUCACAUACAACUACCAAUACCUUUCAGCAAAUAAUUUCCGACUGCACUAUCGACCCUGCACUUCUUGCUAUUUCUGUUCCCCCAUCAACCACAUACAAUGCAUUUUCCCCGGUUCCCGCACUCGUUCAUUCUCCAAUCACAUCCACCGAUUCGUCUGAUGGCGCUCUCACCCCGCCUGCAUAUAAUGAUCAAGAUUCAGUGGCUGCUGCCAAAAUGUUGCUGCAAUUCGCUGCUAAACCUGCUGUACCUUCGCCUGCUCCCUCGCAUAUAGACAUAUCGCCGACAGUGCAUAUGCCAUAUCCUCAAACUGCACCAUCCCAUUUCUCGGCAUUAACGCACCUGCAGCCACUCCCUCUUCAAAUAUCUCGCUCGCCGUCGGCCCAAUCCACACACAAAUCAAUUCCUACUAUUCCUCGGCGCGCCGGGUUCAAGGCGGUUCAUAAAGAUGAUAUACUUCAGCGCGCACGGGAGCGUCGGCGACAGAUCGUCGGGGAGAUCGAGCGGGCAAAGGUGGAGUUAUGGGAGACAAGUAUUGAGGGAGGGGUGUUGGGGCAUUUGAUGAAGGAUCCGAUGCUGUCUUGAUACUAGUUGCUUCGAUAUUCGAAAUGUAUUGCAGCAAGUAUAAAACGAACUUAAUAGCUGCGGUUGCUGCUCGUCAUCAUGAGUUGGCAGCGCGUAUUUUGGGAAAGUCGCUCAGCUCAUUUCUAUAUAACUGCCUGCUGCUGUCCUCGGAUUUGUGUCGAAUUCCCACCAAGUGCCUGUCAGCUCACAUCGAC